AUGGCUCUUUCCUGGGUAGCCCCUGAGGGAAGGGCAGGAGAGACAUCUCAGUGGGCCAGGUUCCCCUUCCCAGCAAAGGAUGACCUGGAGACUCCAGCACAGAAUUACCUGCCUGUGGGCCCCACCCCCGCCCCGGUGGCCUUAGGCAAACACUGUUCUUCCUUUCACCGGCCACCUCCAGUCUCGCUGUCUCUUCCUUCAGCUCCAGAGACCUGUUGUCUCACCUCUCUCUUGGGGGGAGCCAGCUACUCCUCCUUGUCCCCUGCCUUAAGUCCACCUCUUUGUCUCAGGGGUCUCUCUCUUCCUUGGCUGGCCAGGGUCCCCUCCUCUCCUCCCUCUGCCCGGUUCUCUGGGCUCUGGCCUCCCUCUGUGUUGGGGUGA